AUGGACUUGCUGGAAGCAAUUUCAGUAUUGAGCAGUCCAUUUCCAGCUAAUUUUUCUCAAACUAAUGAUUUUCUAAGUGAUUUUAUCACCAAAGAACCAGAAAACUUUUUAAUUGAAGUUAAAAAGAUCAUUUCGAACGAAAAUGUACCACUUAAUCUCAGAACUAAUGCGAUAAAGUUUUCCACAAGUGCAAUAAAAAUCAAAGUCGAAAAUAAUAGAGUAAAAAGCAUUUCAAAUCCUGGAAUUUCUUGUGAAAUUUUGCAAGAUUUUAUCAAUACGCUUCAAUCAUAUUUUGUUUUAGCAGUUAAUGAUAACCCAGAAGAAGUACACUUCGGAAAUUCACUUGCAUUUGCUUUGGCGCAUUUUAAAAUUGCAAAUUUUUAUUUUUAUCCAACAAACCUUCAAUAUCCAGCAUUAGAUUUCUUAUCAUUACUUACACAAAGCAAUUCUCCAAUACUUAUUACAAAUACUUUAAUUUCCAUAGAUUUUAUCGUAAAUUCCUUACCAGUUAAUUCCUAUAAUAAUGCCGAGGCAAUAAUUAGAGCUUUACUCGAUUACAUUGCUAAUUGUCCAGAUUUACCUGCAUUUCAGCAUUUAAUUAUAAAAAUAUUUGGAAAUUUAAUAAAACAUCUCAAUUCUGCAAUUGCAAAAACUGCUGAACUCCGUGAAGCAUUUCUGAGCCGUUUAAGUCCAGAAAACCUUGAUCCAAUUGAUGUUUUUUGGUUUUGGACAAAAGUUGCGAAAAAUUGCUAUAUAAUGCUAGAAAACGUAAGAUAUCUUCCUGAACAGAUGUUUAAUUACUUAGAUACUCUUAACAAUGAUUUUGAUCCAAAAUUAUUAAUUAAUAUUUUGCAAUUUUGGUUUUAUGUCAGCAAAGCAAAGACAAAAUACCCUUUUUCGUUUAAUUUCAUUGAAAAUAACAUUGAAAACAUAUUAAAUCUCUGUGUAAAUGUAAUUCAAAAUAAUCCUGAUUCUUCUACAAUUAAAAAAGAAGAAUAUUCACCAGUUAUAGCUGCUAUGGAUACUUUGUCAUCUAUUAUUACUAAUUUUUAUAAUAUUUGUUUUGAAAUUUUAUAUAAUUUUAUUUCAGAAAACGCAAACAGCGAAAACUUAUCAUCAAGAUUCGCUUCUGCAUUUAUUUUGUAUGAAUUAUUGAAAAACAAGCCGAAAAGUGAUAAUCAAGAAUUAAUAAAUUUAUUUUCAAAGGCAAAUGAUGUAUUUGUUGAAGAUAGCUCUAUAGAAAUCAAAUGUUUAGCAAUUAAAUCAUUUGGUGAAGCUGCUGCAAAAGGAUUUUUCGAAAUUGAUGAAAAUAAUUUAUCAAAUAUUUUUGAAUUUUGUUCUUCAGACAAUAUGGAAUUGAUUUUAUCAUCAUUUGAAUGCUUAUCAGUGAUCGGAUCUUCUAUUCCUCAAUGUAUUACUGACAUUUUACAAUUUUUAUUAAAUUAUAUCCAAGAAAUUGACAAUGAAAUCUGCCAAUUGGAAGCUUUUAACUUAAUUAUUAAAUUAAAGGAUUCUAUGAACGAAGAAACCGUAAAUGAUAUAUUUGAUUUGAUAUAUGAGGUUGCAUCAGGGUCAAUUAAUAGUCCAGGCAUGAUUUCGGAUAAGUUGGUGUCUGUUUUGAACUAUUUAUUCCAGAGAUUCUUAAAAAUCUCCAAAAAAUCUGCAGAUGAAAAUUAUUUGAAAUUAUUUGAACUCGCAAAUUCAAUAAUUGAUUCAAAACGUGAUUUUAGGAGUUCUUUAGCUCUUACAGGAACCAUCGGAUUUAAUUAUGCAGAGAAAAACAACGAAAUUUUUGAAAAAUCUUUGGAAUUUUCAAAAAUUUACAUGCAAUGCAAAGAAUAUCCAGAAACGAUGGAAACAGCUCUGCAGUGUGCUGCAUUGUUAUUAAGGAAAGUUGAAAAUCCUGAUGUUUUUAGUGAAUUUUCCAUUAUAAUUUCAAAAAUUCUUGAAGAAAACGAAAUUCCGCCAGAAUGUUAUUCUCAUGCAGCAAGAAUCAUCAAAACAAUCAGUGAAAAUCAGUUAAAUAUUCUAAAUCCUGUUGCUGAAUCUAUAAUUUUGAGUUUGAACAGAAUUUUCUCAAUUCAUCUGAAAAAUAUUGAAAAUUUGGAGCCAGUUUAUGAUUCUGUACUUGUUAUGAACAAAAUUUGCAAAAAUAAUCAAGAAUUGAAAUCUAUAAUUCUUGAACUCUGCAAAGUUUCUGUUCAAAUAAUUGGUGCUGACUUUAAAAUCAAAAAGAACUUAUUGGUAAUCGGCAUAAACAUGUGUUAUGCUAUUUUUAAGGAUCCACAAGGAGAGUGGAGUAAGUUAAAGCAGUUGCAAUGUUGUGAUAACAUUAGAAAUGCUUCAGAUAUAAUAAGAGAUGCUAAAACACAUAAAAGAAUCAAAAAAUUGUUUUAUUCUUAA